AUGGCGUUCCUCCUUCGGCGACCAUUUGCCGUGACGGCGACGCUCACACAGGCUGCAACAAAAUCAACACCGAGCAUUACUGUCCGCGCCUUCCACAACACGCCACUGAAGCAGCAUCCGCACUUCUUCUCCCCAAAGGCGCCGUCGGUCGCAUCGUCGCAACAUGUCUCCAAGUUCCGCCAGGCAUUUCGCCGCUCUUACCAGCAGGCUGCGUACAACCCCGCCGCGCAGGGCGAUCUGCGCCAGCGGCUGAUGUAUGGAGCUGGCAUCUUUGGCGCAACUCUCCUCGGCAUCAACUUCAUCUUCAACCGCGAGACCCGCGACGAUGGCGGCAUGCCGCCGUUCGAGCGCGCAUACCUCAACGACACCUUCAUGCACACUGGGCUUGGUGUAGGAAUCAUCGGCAUUGCGGCGCGCACUCUACACAUGAACGGCUGGAGUUUCCGCUUGAUGAGCGCGAACCCGUGGCUCGUCCUGGGAGUUGGCCUUGUGGGCAGCAUCGGGACCAUGUACGGAACCAUGGCAACAAACCCAAGGAAGUGAGUUGAAUCGCAUCCGUCUCUAGUAACGGCACGCUACGUACGGCCCACAUCCAAAAGAGUGGCAGGUUCACAAGGUUUCUCGAGGAUGUUGCAGCGCUUUUCAUAGGCACGUAGUACAAAUUAUGGGGUAAGAAAAGGUGUAAAUUGUAACUUAGACCAAUCGUUAUUCGUUCU